AUGGCGUUGCAAGUUGGAAAGUCCAAUUCAUUCACGACACUCCUCAAGGAAGGAUAUAAGGACCUCGUUUGGGCCGCACGGUAUGUUCAUCCGCUUCAUCGUGCAGGAAUGAACAAACUUAUCGUCAAUCAGCUGGAAAAGCUUUUCGUUACCAAUGAUGCAGCGACAAUUAUCAGAGAGCUUGAUGUUGUGCAUCCAGCAGCCAAGCUGUUGGUCAUGGCGUCGCAACAGCAAGAACAAGAGGUAGGGUUCAUCCUGACGACUAGAAUGGCGACCAAACCAAUUUUGUUCUUGUCUUUGCUGGCCGAAGAGCUGAUUUCAAUUGGAAUUCAUCCAAGCGACAUUAUCGAUGGAUAUGAGAGGGCAUUUGAAUUGGCUUCUUUGCACAUGAAAGGUAAUCAUCUCACACAAAAACUUUACAUUGCAGAACUUGUCAUUCAAACUAUUUCGACCUUCACAAAGCAGGAUUUAAUUUUUGCAAUUAAAUCUUCCGUUUCUAGCAAGCAGGAUUUGCUCUCCGGACUCAUUGCUGACGCAUGCGUUACCAUUAUGCCGUCGAAGAAUCCGAAAAGCUUCAAUGUAGACUCGAUUAGGGUUGUUAAAGUGAUGGGAGGCUCCAUUGCAGAUUCUACACUGGUCCAUGGCAUGGUUUUCAACAGAGAGCCAGAAAGUCGCCUUAAACGAGCCACAAAUGCCAAAGUAGCCAUAUUUUCGUGUCCGCUUGACAUUGGGAGGACAGAGACAAAAGGCACUGUUCUUCUUCGCAAUGCCUCCGAGCUGAUCUCCUUCAGCUCUGGAGAAGAAAAGCUUGUCGAGGCCCAAGUCAAAGAAAUUUCGGACAGCGGAGUAAAAGUGAUCGUUACUGGCGGAACAAUUGGCGACAUCACACUUCACUUUAUCAAUCAAUAUGGACUUAUUGCCUUCAGAAUUGCCUCAAAGUUUGACCUUCAAAGACUAUGUCGCGCCACUGGGGCUACCGCCCUUGCCAGACUUGGUGCCCCUAUGGCCGAGGAGAUGGGAUAUUGCGACCUGGUUGAAACGAUUGAAAUUGGCUCCGAUUUAUGCACAAUUUUCAAGAGCGGUAUGGAAUCCUCUUUUACUAAGCUUUUAGAUUCCACCUCCAGGAUCGCUUCGAUAGUUCUAAGAGGGUCCACACUGAAUUUCUUGGAUGACGUGGAACGAGCCAUUGAUGAUGGUGUAAAUGUUGUAAAAUCGCUUACCAAGGAUGGCCGGUUGCUACCUGGUGCAGGGGCAACCGAGAUGGCUCUCUCCAUAUAUUUGCAAAACAUGGCAGUAGCCAUUCCAGGUCUCACUCAAUAUGGCAUCAAAAAGUUUGGCCAGGCCCUGGAGGCGAUCCCCAAAAUCCUUUGCGAAAAUAGCGGGCUUGACCAUUUGCAGAUUCUCGCGCAGCUUUCCGCUGCCCAUGAGGCAGGUCAGCGAUCCAUCGGUGUAGAUGUGGAAUCGCUUGGACAGCAAAAUGGCACCCUAGAUGUGCUUGAUGCCCAGAUCAUGGAUCUUUAUGCAACAAAGGCAUCUGCAUUGCAUCUUGCGGUCGAUGCUGCGCUUUCAAUUCUGCGUAUAGACUCCAUUGUGAUGAGCAAGCCCGCGGGGGGUCCAAAGCCAAAGGCCGCCGGCCCCAUCGAUGCCGACGAAUGA